AUUUUCGAUUCGCGCGUCUCAAACAGCUCCACGUACUCAUCCGGUUCUGCAUUUCUUUGAAAGAUGGCUUCCACUUCUUCGAUGAAUAGAAAUAACUCUGCUGUGAAACGAAUCAUGCAGGAGGCUCGAGAACUUGCCGACGAUCCCUCGACAGACUAUAGAGCUGCACCACUAGAAGUGUGUUCACAAGUUAUUUCUGAAUCUUUCGAAGCAGCUGACAUUGUACCCAGGAAGAUAUAUUUGUUAGUCGCAAUCCAAACCAUCUCUCGGUCGUACUUAUCGUUUACACCCCAGGAAUGGCAUUGCACUAUACGCGGUCCCCAAGGCACCGAAUUUGAAGGUGGCUUAUAUCAUGUUCGCAUUUUAUUGCCUGCGGAAUACCCGUUUCGACCACCAUCGCUCAUGGUCCUGACACCAAAUGGACGGUUUGAAUUAAACACAAAGAUUUGCAUCAGCUUUACGAACUACCACGAGGAGUUGUGGCAACCAGCCUGGGGAGUACGUACCGCUAUCGUUGGCUUACAAGGAUUUUUUCCCUUAAAGGGGCAAGCUGCAGUAGGGGUAGGCUCGGUUGAGUUUCCUGCGCCUGAACGUAAACGGCUAGCUGAACUCUCUAGAAGCUGGACAUGCCCUCACUGCCAACAAACCAACCUGGAGAUUUUACCAGAUCCAGUCUCAGUAUCAACCUCGCCUCCCUCAACCGAAACACGAGAAAUGACUCGCAGUGUUGAGGCUGAAUCAACGGAAGAAUCUGCCAAUCCCUUGCCCUCGCAGCCUGUCCGCACUCUGGAACAGCCAGUCGAUCAUUCUUUCCCUUCUCAACCCACCUCCGCUUUUGCAGAUAUCACUACCCCCUCACAUGCCCAAGAUGGCCUUGAGAGCGGUACUCCUUCGGUGGACCCUAUUCCGUAUCCCCCACCCCCAACUCAAGUUUACUCUAGCUCAAAUAGACCGCCUUUCUUGCUCGACACCGCUAUCUGUGUUCUUCUGGUGUUGGUGUUUGCGCUGAUUUGCCGACGGAUGUUGUGA